AUGUCGCUUCUUUUUUCGGUGGUUAUUUGUUGUGCGCUGUUAGGUUACGGCGAUGGUGAGUCAAACUGUCAGCGCUUUGUGCACAUUUUUUUUAUUUUCAGCGCAGUUCUUCUUCAAUCAAGGCUUCAACAACUUCUUCAGUCCUCCCCAGCAGUUCCAACGACCAUUCUUCAACCUUUUCCAACCACAAACCACUACAGCACCUACGGUAGAUCCAGAAUAGUUUUCUGCUCGCUCAUUCUUCAUCAAACUCAGACCACCACAACUGAAUUCAUCCCGGACCCGGACAAAGAGGUCGGCAACUUCCCGAUGCCUAAUCCAGCGAAUUGGCCAGUUGGCCCCGACUGGAAUGAUCCCAGGAACAACAACGAUCAGCAAUUGGUAAGUGAAACCAGUUCUGAGAUAGUCUCGUGGGUUUAUUUGAAGGGCUGGGGAGGAAACGGUCAAGUCGGAGGAACCACUUCAACCAGAGCGCCGAUCACCACGACUCUUGCGUCGACCACUACCGCACCCACAGUGACUCCAUCGACCUCUCUUCCGGUACUUGUCACCAAGAAACCGAUUCCAGGGCCGACCAAGAAGCAGCCGACCAAGAAAGAGUCAGUUGAAGGGUUUGGAUGUGCCAAAUCGAUUUUCAUAGGUUCAUCGCCAAAUGCACUGUCGUCCAAACCUAA